CAUAGGCUGAAAUUAGCAGACGGUGUGCAGCGAAGCACAUUAUUCUUCCUUUGUAAGUUAGAAAUUAUUCGUCUUACUGUCAUUUGAGUCAAUUCAGGAUCACUGGAAUAAAAUAUGUCCUUUGCCUGUCAAAAAGACAGUUAUUUAACUCACUUGGAUUCGGUUGUAAAAUCAUGCACUCCGAGCAAGAUAAUUACUCUAAAGGAAGGCAAGAAAAUUAAGCUUGAAGGUUUUGAUGUAAUUUUGGAGGACACUGUCUUGUUUCCUGAAGGAGGAGGACAGCCUGAUGACCAUGGAAAAAUAAAUGGUAUUGAAGUACACCAAGUGAUUAGAAAGGGAAGUGAAGCAAUACACUUUCUUAAGGAACCUCUGAAAGAAGGAGAAAAGGUUGACAUCCAAGUUGAUUGGAAAAGACGAUGGGACAACAUGCAGCAGCAUUCGGGCCAACAUUUAAUUACUGCCAUCGCUGAUAAGAUCUACGGUUUCAAAACCACCUCAUGGAGUAUGGGAGAGAAAAUUUCUUUUAUCGAACUUGAUGUUCCCAAAAUAAAAGAAGAAGAAUUAAAAAUUAUAGAAGAAGAAACAAAUAGCUGCAUUCGAAAAGGCUUAAAAAUGUUUCCUACAUGGUAUGAAAGUAUAAAUGAUCCUAAAUUUCAAGAAGUUAGGACUAGAGGUUUGCCCGAUGACCAUAAAGGAAGUAUACGAGUAGUUACGAUCGAAGGGAUUGAUAAUAACACAUGCUGCGGUACUCAUGUUAGCAAUUUAUCACAUCUUCAAGCUAUUAAAUUACUAUCAACCACUAAGGGUAAGAAAGGCAAAACAAACGUUUAUUUCCUAGUGGGUCAACGCGUGUUGGAUUUUGUCGAAUUCUCAUAUAGCCAACAGGAAAAAUUUAAAUCUUACUUGAAAGGAAGUCCUGAACAGCACGUUGAACUGUUAGAAGUCUUACAGAAAAACUAUGUUACAGCUAGUAAAGAGAAUAGUAAUCUUCUUAAGGAUAUUGCCAAGUUAGAGGCAGAUAAGUGGAAAAGAGAGCCAUGCAAAUUUUUAUCUUUACAUAGGACAGAGGGUCAGUUAGAUUUUAUGAAUACUCUCCUAAGAGAAAUUGAUGAUGAGAAUUUGAUUGCUUUUCUAACAACUGGAAAUGAGAAUGGCCAAGGAAGUUAUAUGAUCGUUGGCCCUGAAAGUUUUUUGAAAGACGUUGCUCCAAGCAUGUCAUCUCUAAUUGAAGGCAAAGGCUUUCUGAAAAACAACCGCUUUCAGGGAAAAGCCAAUAAACUAUCAAAACGUAAGGAAGCCGAAGAUGUAUUAAGAGAGAAAUUAAAAUGA